AUGGCGACUCCAAUUAAUCAACAACCAACUCUAAACCAGGCUUAUUCUAGUACAGAACUGUUCACCACUUGUUCGGCAAUGCGGUUUAUUGACAAUCUUACUCUGACUGAACAAGAACUUUUUCGUAACCCCCCAUGCACUCUUACCAUGCCUAUUGACAAUAUUCUCAAUCACAGAAGCAAAAAAUGUAGAAACGGCAGUGAAAAAAAACACCCAAGACCUCUCAACUCGUAUAUUUUGUUUCGUAGAAAUUUGGAAAAUCAAAUACGCACUCAAAAUCCUGGCAGAAAACAUACUCUCAAAGAAAUUUCCAAAAUUGCGGGCAAAAGUUGGAAAACUCAACCAGACAAAGUCAAACGCUAUUUCCACGUUCUUGCGAAACUGUCUUCAUACAGACACAAGGCUGUGUAUCCAGACUAUACGUACAAUCCGCUGCGAAGAUUUAAAAAUGGUGACAAUUUUUUAUUUAAGCACACAGACAGAGAACGACUUGCGAAACGUUACAACAAAAAUAAGAGUUUAUCCAAGAAGGUUAAAACAAGCAGUAUGAACGAUACUGAUACUAGUACAAAUGAAAGCUUUCAGAAAAAUGAACAUGUUAACGAGCAACCGUCUACCUUACUGGCACCAAGUUCUGCCGUUGACUUUUCUCAUGACGAGAGCUUUUCGCCUUACUUGCCUUUAUACGAGUUUUCCGAUAAUUUUGGGGUACCCGCUCUUUUCACUCAAACGCCUAUUUAUUUAUCCGUACCUUUCCCAUAUUUUACUCAAAGUUUUCCAACUUUCUCUCCUCAAUGUUUCUUCGAAAAUGACAUUGACGAUAUAAAUGCUACCGAGCAGAUAAUUAAUCCGGAAUAUGAAAUUUGA